ACUUCUAAGUGAAUUGCAUAUUUUCAUGUGAGCUUAAAUGUCGUAUCGCCAUUAGUGUACGGGAUGCCGUUAUCUUGAACGAUUGAAGAAACAGUUAACUAAAUUAUUCUUUCUUUUUCCUUAUUUCAUUGGUAUACAAAGAGUAUACGAACGAAUGUUCUUUCGUGUUUUCACAAAAUAUAUUUGUGGCAAUCGUAACUUUAUAAAACCCCUUUUAAUUUUUUAUUUCCUAUCGUUAUCAUUCGUGUAAUGGGGUAUCUUAAAUCCAUAGGUACUGCUUUUAUUUACACAGCUCUUUUAUUAGCUGUGAUUACAUUUUUACCAGGACUUCCUCCAGAUGCUAAGUUUUCAGAGUACAGUAUAACACCUCCAACUAAACUAAGUGGAAAAUUAGAUAAUAAUCGCAUAAGUGGGAUAGAAUUAUUGCAUAUUGGAAAGUUCAAGGGUCCUGAGUCUUUUGAUUCUUAUAAUGGAGAAUUAUAUGUCGGCUUACAGGGAGGCUAUGUUGUUAAAAUCGAUGAAAAAGAAAUUAUACCUUUUGUAAAAUUUGGUGGAAAAUGUGAUGGAAUCUUGCAAUAUUAUGAAUGUGGUAAAGUGUUGGGUAUAAAGUUUGAUAAAAAAGGCAAUUUGUAUGUUAUUGAUACUUAUUUAGGUAUUUUUAAAGUUGAUCGAAAUGGAAAUUAUCAAAAAAUUAUUGAUAUAUCUAAACCAAUAGCUAAUAAAAUUCCAAGAAUACCUAAUUAUUUAGACAUAGCAGAAAAUGGAGAUAUAUUUUGGACAGAUUCUAGCGCAGAUUUCCCAUUAUAUGAUGGUGUUUAUAGCAUAUUUGUUAAUCCAUCUGGAAGACUUUUUCGAUAUAAUGCAGCUACAAAGACCAAUGAAGUGUUACUUGAAAAUUUGGGAUUUCCAAAUGGAGUGAAAUUAAGUAAAGAUGAGAGUUUUUUAAUUAUAUCAGAAACAUUAACUUCACGUAUUAUUAAAUACAAUUUGAAGGGAGCUAAAGCAGGACAACAAGAAAUAUUGCUCGAAGGUCUUCCUGGCAUCCCUGAUAAUAUACAUACUGACAAUCAUGGUGGCUUCCUAGUUAGUCUAUAUACUUAUAUAGAUUCAGAAAAUCCUCAAUUAAUACAUAUAUUAAUGCCACAUCCAUAUUUAAGGAAAAUGAUAGUAAGACUUCUCACAUUGAUAGAAGCUCCGUUUAAAUUAAUACAGAAUGUUUAUCCAAAUUUUUACACAGAAAAAAUUAUUGAUACAAUUGGUUCGUUUGAAAUAUUAAAUAUUUUGAUAGAACCUAAAUCGGUAAUAUUGCAUUUGGAUUCCAAAGGAAAACUUGUUGAUGCUGCAUAUUUAAUAAAUGAAGUGAAUGAUUUAAGUUCUGCUUUUAUUCACAAAGGAUAUCUAUGGCUUGGAUCACCACAUAAUGAAUAUGUAGCUCGAGUACCUUUAAAAAAAGUCUUUCCUCAUUUAGCACAAAAGGAAAAAUUAAUGCAUCAUUCAAAUAUACAAGAUACAAAGGAACGUCCAAAAACACAUAGUACAACGGUAAAACCACAAACUGUAAAGACUCCAACCGUUCAAACAUUAUCAACAACAGAAAAACCUAUAACUAAAACUGCAAGAAGUACAGAAACUUCUACUUCAGUUGGAACAAGUCCCAAAACAUCUACUAAUCAGGAAAAAAUAGCUACUUCCAAACCAAGUACAACGUCAGUACCAAGUACUACUGUCAAACCAAGUACAGUAUCAGUACCAAGUACUACUGUCAAACCAAGUACAGCAUCAGUACCAAGUACUACUUCCAAACCAAGUACAACGUCAGUACCAAGUACUACUGUCAAACCAAGUACAGUAUCAGUACCAAGUACUACUGUCAAACCAAGUACAACAUCAGUACCAAGUACUACUGUUAAACCCAGUAUUGUAUCAAAAACAACUCCAACUCAAAAAGCAACCACAGGUGCAACUAAGCCUACUGCGAAAUCAAAUACUGAAACGACUCCAAAAUCUAACAAUAAGGAAAUUAAAUCAGAAACAGCGAAGAAUAAAGUAAUUUCUGAUGUUAAGUCAGAAAAUAUAAAAGAAAUAAAUUCAAAAUCAGAGAUAAAUAAACGAACAGUUCAAAAUAAUCAAUUUAAAGCUCAAAAGCAAGAACAUCAAAAUACUGAAUCUCCUAAUAUAAAUAAUAAUAACAUUCCAAAAUAAAAAUUAAUAUUAAAACAUAAUUAUUUAAAAAGUCAAAUAAGGCAGGAUUGUUGUUUUAUAUUAUGUUUUAUGUUUCAAGUUGAUUUAAUUAUAAGAUAGAAUUUUUAUAUUUAAAAGUAAUGCAUAUUCAAUUCUCUUAAAUACAUUCCAUAAAGAUUUGUGACACAGUUAAUUUUUCAUUAUAAAGGUUCCACUGUAAUAAUGAGUAAGGCAAAAGAUGCUUAUAUUAAUAUUUGUUAAAGACUGUGAUUUAUAUUUAAAAAUAAGCAUGAAAUUAUUUUGUUUUAUAAAUUCUAUAUAUAUAUAUAUAUAUAUGUAUAUUUAGGCAUGUGACCGCAAGAUUAUGUUCCCGAUGUAGUAACAAAUGUAACAAACGAUUAUGUUCAAAACUAUUUGAGAUAUUAACAAAAUCUUUUAAAUUCUUAAGAAUAAUUUUAACUUAAUUUAACUGUCAAAAUGAAUGAAUUCAAAAUGACAGACAUUUCAAAAAUUAAAACUUUUAUAAAAAAUUAUAUACAAUAUCGAAUUAAAUUAAAAAAAAUAAAUGAACAUUGUGCAAUAAUGUUUACAAUAAUAUUAGACAUUGACGUGAAUUACAUCGGUCGUGCCUAUUCUGUGCUACACACAGAGAAAUCUUUGUUUAUAUAUUCUGAUUCUAUUGAUCGUAUAAUAAGGUCAAUUAGUUAAUAAGACGUAGUUUUAAAUGUUUUGAGAUAAUUGAAAAUUAAUUAUCUCAAUUAAAAAUUUUUUAAGAUAAUUAAAAAUUAUAAGAAUAUAAUGUUUAUUUA